CAAACCGUACAAACGGUGCAAACGGUGCAAACGGUGUAAACCGUACAAACCGUACAAACGGUGCAAACGGUGUAAACGGUGCAAACGGUGCAACAGGUUUUUCAUACACACAACAUCAGAUUUGGGCCUGGAAGGAAUUCUUGACCUGCCCGCUGGGUGUUUCGGACGAUGAUUUAUCUAAGGUGAUCCGAAUGGUACCAGAGAUACCUAUCCAGAAUCAUUUUAAGGAACCUGGAGCUGGGCGUUCAUUCUUCAUGGUGUCAUGGUCGUUUUCAUCAGCACAACUCGACCGUCUAAUAGAAUAUCUGAAAGAGGAAGAGACUACAUUCGAAGAGUUGCAGACAUGGUCGAAUUUUAUCACUUCGCGGAAUAAUUUAGGACCUAACGCUCGCCUAACCGUCCGGUACAUUAGUUCCGGCGCAGGACCAUCGGACGCUCCGCUACCACUCACGAUCGCUCAGAUGAUGGAAGAUGAGUUUAUUAAUCCCUUUUGUGGAGUUCUCCCAGAGUUCCUAGAGGCAGUAAACGUGGCCUUGCCGGAUGUGGCAAGGGAUGUCCAAAUGCACAUCCUCCCCGACUUCUUCUCUUUGGUACAUAACAACGAGACACGGUUUUGGCAUCGUCUUGUAUAUCAAGCAUUGCUCGUGGCAUUCGACCUCGAGUCGCUUAUCAACCGCGACCUGGAACCGCCCUUAGUACCUCAAGACUUGCCCAGGGGUGAAUUUAGCUUGUUGAACACUGUAUAUCGCGGAGGCAUGCCCUCGACUUUAAUAUCUAACCACUUGGUUCAUAUACAAAACAGGGCGAGACAGCUAUUCCAACAAAUGUACAGAUCUUCUCAGUCUGGAAACAACCUGGACAUCUUCCCGAGGGCCAUGACCGUGGAGGCGCUCAACUCUCUCAUACUACAGGCGACUCCUUUCGAACUUGAAGGGGAGCGGCCCGUACUGAUAUUUGCCGUAAAAGGCGUCCCUCCGGGUGAUCUCUUUAAUAGCAAAAUGUACCUCGAGGGGGAAACUUCCGAUGUAUUGCUUAUGAAGACUCUGAUCGAGGAGGUGAUGUUGGACGGGCGGGAUACUGAUUUCCAUGGCAAUAUUGUCCCUUUUUAUUGCUUUGCGCCUUUUUAUAGACGGUUCAGUCCCGGAUAUAUCAAGGAGUUUACUGCGUAUAUGUGGGAUUACGUCAGGGCUACUCGUCCUGUGGUUUUUGUCACCCUGGGGAAGCGAAUGGCCGAAGUCGUCCAUAGAGCUUUUUGCACAGAUCCAGCCGAGGACUCAGAAUCGAUCCCGAUACACGAAUUAGGACUGGGAUCGCCCAGAAUAAUAACCUUAACGGGAUCAGGCAGAUCAAGAGAAGGACCUUUCAGCUUCAUACACAUUCCCCUCCUCGACCCUGGGCGGUACAUGUAUACGAUGACACCGGAGACGCGGGAAGUGUUCCUGGCCUACAUGACGUAUUCUUUCGAGUACGUAGUCCUAGUGGCGGAUACCGCGAAGAUAUUCAGGGACGAAAUGGAGUCAUCCGGAGGGGGUAUUGAUGAGGGUAGCGCUCAAUUUUGCCAGGAAGUUAUAUUGCGGGUACGACGUAGGCUACGAAGUACAUUGGGACGUCCCUUUGUGGAGGGCAUAAGAAAGGCGAAAUUCGAUAUCGCGGAGCUGAUUACCCAGGAACCGAUCAUGUUUUGCUGAGGAACUUGGACGAGAGACGUUUUGUUCGUAGAGGUGAAUAGGGGAAAGGAACUUUUGUUUCUAAGAAACGUCGUUAUCAUGACAUUCAAAGCUACUCUUCUAGGCGGUUUCAGGGGCUGGAUUAUAUGGGAAUCGGAUUAUUGGGGAGCGAGUAAACACACUAUAGCACGGAGUUGGGGCUGUCGUUUACUCUAUUUACUCUACGGGUUGUCGUUCGUUAGAUUAUAGAUUCCGUGUAGGGAUAUUGGCCAAUAUUUCGAGUACGCCUGGUAUAAUUUUUUAUAGAAAUCAAUACGCAGGUAGACAUA